GGAACCAUCACAUUGCCCAUCAUCCACCGCCACCGUAGCUUCUUAGACAAGCGAGCUGUUGAAGUCCAGGUUGAGAACCGCUCCGAUGUCUCGUACUACGCUCAACUCAACAUUGGAACUCCCCCUCAGACCGUCUACGCCCAAAUCGAUACCGGCUCCUUUGAGCUCUGGGUCAACCCCGACUGCUCCAACGUCCAAACCGGAGACCAGCGCUUCUGCCGCGCCAUCGGCGUCUACGACCCCAAAUCCUCGUCCACCUCCUUUGUCACCGGCAGCGCCGCCCAGCUCCGCUACGGCAUCGGCAGCGCAAACGUCUCGUACGUCCAGGACAGCAUCUCGCUCCCCGGCUCCGCCACAAUGAAGCAAGUCCAGUUCGGCGUCGCACUCUCCAGCGUCGACGAGUUCUCGGGCAUCCUCGGCAUUGGCGCCGGCGACGGCUUCAACACGCUCUACCCCAACUUCAUCGACGAGCUGGCCAGCCAGGGCGUCACCAAGACAAAGGCGUUUAGCCUUGCCCUGGGCAGCAAAGCCGAGGAAGAGGGCGUCAUCAUCUUUGGCGGCGUCGACACGGGCAAGUUCACGGGCAAGCUCGCCAACCUGCCCAUUGUUCCGGCGGACGAUUCGCCCGACGGCGUUGCUCGCUACUGGGUCGGCAUGAACUCGAUUUCGCUCUCGCCGCCGAAUGGAAAAUCAACGACCUUUGCCCAGACCAAAAUGACCGUGUUCCUCGACAGCGGCUCCACGCUGACUCUGUUGCCGCAGUCGCUGGUGAACGAGAUUGCAGAUGGACUUGGGUCGACGGGCACUGACGAUAGCGGGUUUGCCAUUGUCGACUGCGAUCUUGCAAACCAGCCGGGAACCAUUGACUUUGCCUUUGACGGUGUUACGAUUAAGGUGCCGUACAGCGAGAUGAUUCGAUCGGUGAAUUCACUGCCGCCGCAUUGUUAUCUGGGGAUGAUGGGGAGCACGCAGUUUGCGCUGCUUGGAGAUACCUUUUUGCGGUCUGCGUAUGGUAAGUCU